CACCUGUGACCCCCCAUGAUUCAAACUGGGUUGAUCACCAGCGCGCACAGCGACCUCCUUACUUGUCUCGCCUAUGAUUAUUAUGGCGCGAACAUCGCGUCGUGCGGGUUGGACCAGAAGAUCGUUGUUACUGCUGUGAAUAACGUUGAACAGUCGCAGUCACAGUCGCCGACGGUGAAAUACGAAUGGAGAGCGCAUAGUGCACCGAUUACGUGUGUCGCUUGGGCGCAUCCGGAGUUUGGAGAGGUGUUGGCGAGUGCGGGGAUGGAUAGGACUGUGAGGAUUUGGGAGAGGGGAGAGGAGAAGGCGGUGUUGUUGGAUGCGAGGGCGGGGGUGAGGCAGGUGGAGUUUGCCCCGCAGGCGUUUGGGUUGAAGGUGGCGACGGUGGCGGCGGAUGGGUGGGUGAGGGUGUAUGAGUGUUUGGAUUUGGGAAAGUUGGAUGUGUGGGCGUUGGCGGAUGCUGUGGAGGUUGCGAGGGAGGAACAGCAGGGUGCGGCAGGGGGGAAAGAGGUGGAAGGAGGCUGGGGGGUGUCGUGGUGUAAGGAGAGGUAUUGGGGACAGGUCGUGGCUGCUGUUGCUGGUGCGAGUGAUGUUGUAAAGAUUAUACAAUUCUCACCAUCUCGUUCCCCACAAACCAUCCUCGAACUAAAACCCCCACCUCCAUCCACCACAACCACAACCCCCACGACAUCGGUGAUCACCACCGUCGCGUGGGCCCCGUCGUGCGGUCGUUCGUAUCACUUGAUCGCUACAGGUGGAAGAGACGGCCAUGUGAGGAUCUGGAAGGUUAGUGGCCCGAUGGUUGAUUCCGAGGAGGAUGACGCAGAGGACCGGGAUUUGGGGGAUGCCACUAAUGGUAAGUGGUCUGGACAGCUCGUAGCCGAUUUCGACGACCACGCCCGGAUUGGCGCGUUGGAGGGGGGUGUGGUGGGGAAGGUGGAGUGGAAUGUGACUGGGACCAUCCUCUCGUCCUCUGGCUCAGACGGACGCGUGAGGCUGUGGAAAGCGAGUUUGACAAGUGGAGGCAGGAUUUGGAGGAUUGCGGGCAGUGUGGGGGUUGAGCAGAAGGAGUAGGAGAGCACAACACUCGAAGGAGGGUGCUUGAGCAGGUGUGUAGAAUGAGAAGGGUGCUUCACCCUGAGCUUGUCAUGGACUACAUACACUCCUUACAAGAUACAUACACACUCCUUACAAAACACAUACACAAUCAUAUUGAGAUUUCCAAAAAAGUAUGUAUAUUAAUUACUACAUACAUGGUAUGCAAAGGAAUAUGUAUGUAUAUAGUGUUUAAACAUCCCUUGUGCUGUG